AUGUACGCUGCAACACGGGCAGUGACCCGCUUGUCGACGAUGGCUCGUCCCACCGUUCUUUCUCGAUGCAUGUCCACCCGUCCCGACGCACCAGCUGCAACCGAUGCUACUUCACCAGCACAAUCCAACACUCAAAGCAUCGAAUUAGCGACCUUGGCUUUGCUUCAAGAAUCAGUCAGCAAAGAGAAGAGCAAGCCUGUGACGGAAGCCGUGCAACGAUACCAAAAGAUUCACCGGGUCGGCGAUACGUAUCACCCUGAUGAUCUCAACGAUGCUCGUUACCAGGAACAAUUGCGAGCUCGUCGCGGACAGGCCAAGGCCAAUUUGCAAGAUCCUUUUGACGUCUUGGGCCUCGACCCUCUUCACGAAUAUAAAAACUAUCGACUUCUCAGCAACUUUGUGUCUGAUAUGGGCAAAAUUUUGCCUCGGCAGCAAACAGGUUUGACGGCUAAAAAUCAACGUAAAUUGGCCAAAGCCAUUAAACGAGCCAGAGCUAUGGGCAUCAUGUCUUGCACAAGCAAGGAGCACACAUCGGAUUUCCCGCUUCGAUCUUCAGCCAGAAGAGGUUUUUAA